AUGCAUCUAGCAUAUGUAUUACGAAAUAAUACGACACUUAUCACAUUAAAUCUAGGAAGCAAUCAGAUCGGACCUGGUGGAGCAUAUCAUCUAGCAGUUGGAUUACGAAAUAAUACGAUACUUACAACAUUAAAUCUCAAUGACAAUGAAAUCGAAGAAGCUGGAGCACAGCAUCUAGUAGAUGCAUUACGAAAUAAUACGGUAAUAAAUAUUCUCUUCCUCAUCUAUUUCAUAUUUCUAUUUGCUCUUUUUGAUACAGACAGUUACCCAAUUAAAUCUUAACGGCAACCGACUCUGUUGCGGACUCAUCCAUGAAAUCAAUGAGUUCGUUGAACAGAAUAAAAGAAUGGCACAAUUAUAAAUGCUGGUAUCGACGAUAUACUGAUUACUACUAAAAAACGAUUGAUGAAUUUUGGGAUAAGUUUCUAUGUUGGGCAUCAGCGUAAUAAAAUAUAAAUAAAACGCUCACUAUAUGUGUGCUGUGCGUUGUAACAAUAUAAUUGAGAUCAGAUUUUCAUUCAGAGGUACCGCUAUUCACGUGACGUAUUUUAUAAAUAGUAGAUUAAUAUACUGUUUAUUAACUAAUUGAUUAGCAGCAAGCAGAGAGUGUCUCAAGAAAGAAGAAAAGCGAGAAGAGAAAUACUGUUCAACAUAUGAUUUUUUAUAAUAAAAUCUUGAGAUGUGAAAUGCGAUUUUGUGAUGAGAUCAGAAUAUCUCCGAAUGUACAAAUGAAUGAGAGCUAUGCUUUAUAUUAUUCGAUACGAACAGGAUCGUGAAACAAUCGAUCCUCAACUAGCGUUUGGUUUGGAAUCCAUGCGCAUGGUUGAUUACUGAGAAUCUGUGACUUUAUGUGGAAUUUCGUGUAGUGACUAUUAAAUUGUACGUUAGCAUCGUGAUGAAGCGAAAAGAGUCGAAUGAGUUUUAUUCAAUGUGUGUGUUUGCUAGAAAACUCGUGGAAACAUAUUUUGAAUCUAAUUUAAUCAUAGGACCGCUUUCAAUUCAUUCUAAUAGAAAUAUAAUCAGAUUAAGAGGGUGUGAGUGUAGGUAUAGACGUGGGAGAGAAUAGAAAGAGUAGACACCUAUACCCACACCCUGACGUAUUCCAUGAUGAAUGCAGAUUUAAUGGUUUAUUUAUUUAUUUCUCAAAUUUUUGCUUAGAAAAAUGAAAGAAAACUUGAUGGGCGGAUAUACGCAAUUGUGGAGUACCAAAAGCUAUUCUUCUUGACCUUUUUGAAGACAUAAAAAUAGAAUGUGAUUUUGAAACAUUCUUGAUAGAGUUUCUUUUCUUCAUUUUGAUUAGUAGGAGUGUAACUGAAAUUAAUUAAAAACAAUCGAUUAGAAAAUCUUUUUCAUUUUGUCAUUUCUAUUUCCUCUGUUUUUUUAAUCUGCAUUAUAUAUAUAUAUAUAUAUGUAAUCUUAUGUUCUUUGCACAUUGCAUUUGUUCAACUGAACAUCAAACGUAUCUAAACAAAAUAACGGUAUAUCUUUUUCAAAAUGAAAUCCAUGUAUAUGAAUACUACCAAUACAACGACGGACGUAGAUCAAUUGAUCAUGUCAUUAGUCCAUGCAGUUCAUGAUUAUGUACCUAGUCAAGCGCAAUGCAUUAUACUUCUUAUUAUCAUGCCAUUGGCUGUUGCAUGCAACUUAUUCAUUCUUUAUCAUCUAUUAACGGAUAAAAAUUUACGUAAGGAAUUACACAAUCAUGUUAUUAUUGCUAUUCUAUUUUCCAGUCUUCAGUUCAAUUUAAUUCAUGCACCAUUUUCCAUCAAUCUCUUUCGUACAGG